AUGUCUUCACCUCCACCCAAACCCCACACUCAAAGUUCUGGAACACACCCUGGAAGAGUAUCUCGAGGUUACAAAGCAGGUGUAAAAGUAGAAAAGAAUCUCGGGAUUCGCGGCACCGAAGAAUGGAAAGCUGAUAGGAUGGCCAAAGAGGCCAAGAAAGCCAAGGAGAACGAGUUAUUCAAGGCAGCCGGAGAGAGAAAAGUAAAAGAAGCUAGAAGAAUCGAGGAAGCGAUUGAGACUGCUCAUCGUGAUGCUGUUAUGUUUCAUAGGGAAUUCGAUAAAUCGCAAGGAGCCUCGGAAGAGGAAUUGAAUGAAAACUUUUGGGAUGGACAUGAACUUUGCAGAUAUGGAAAUGUUUUGGAAAUUCAUGGGCCCUCGUGCGCAAUUGGAUAA